AUGAGUGAGAAGUCGUCGAAAACGGAGAAGAAAAACGACGAGUGUUACAAUACUGCGGCGAUCACAAAUAAUGUAGAAGCUCUCGAAUUCGGAAGAACAUGUCAAUCGUGUGCUGCUGGAAUGGCUGCCGGUAUUCUCGGUCUCACUGGAUUCCAAGGAUUUAUUCUCUACUUCAUCUCAGUGGGAAUUCAAGCGCUGAUAUGGAACGUGAAAGCUCAAGGAAACUGGCUCAGCUACUUUCCAGAGAGAAACUCCUUCACCUGGUCCCAUGGAAAUGGUCUUCUGACCUUCGUCCUGCUCUGGGUGUUCUUCUACGGAAUGGUACAUGUAUAUUAA